CUAAAGCUAGGCCCUGAGGACAUCCAAGGAUAGUUAGGAAAAAACUACCAUUACCACUGACUUUCUUGAUCGAAUCCUAAGCAAUCAGGGCAUUUCUAUUUCUGCUUCAUCUAGCAGGAGUAACAAAUACAUUCAACUAAGAUGUCAACUCUAAUUGAUUGGAUCUACCUGGAGCACAGAGUAGUGAACACCGUGAGGACACUUCUGGUUCAGACAGAACAUGCACCACUAUUGUUUAGCAGUGCCUGUCAAGGGCAUGGAAUGGAGUGGCUACAUAGCUAUUUGCCAUCCUUGGCAAUCAUUCCUUGGUCUCUGGUUACUUUAAGCCUACAUCGAGUCUUGGUGUUUUUUCCCCCCAUUUCUAAAGGAGUGGAGAUCAGAAAAAGAACAAAAGAACAACAGUAGCUACCCCAUAUGUUGAACUCUCAUGGUGUUAGAAUGAAGGGAAAGUAGCUUUGUUCUCAAAUUGCCCUUUCAUGGCUAAGAAUGAGCAUCAGCCUAUUGUACUGGCUCUCAGCUUCCACAGUGCAUCAGAAUAGCCCAGCUUUCCGCGCUACCUACAGAGGGGUCCAUACGGCGUUGUUCUGGAUUCCCGUCGUAACUUAAAGGGAAACUUUCACAAUGUCCGGAGCCCUUGAUGUCCUGCAAAUGAAGGAGGAGGAUGUCCUUAAGUUCCUUGCAGCAGGAACCCACUUAGAUGGCACCAAUCUUGACUUCCAGAUGGAGCAGUACAUCUAUAAAAGGAAAAGUGAUGGCAUCUACAUCAUAAAUCUGAAGAGGACCUGGGAGAAGCUUCUGCUGGCGGCUCGUGCCAUUGUUGCCAUUGAAAACCCUGCUGAUGUCAGUGUUAUAUCCUCCAGGAAUACUGGCCAGAGGGCCGUACUGAAGUUUGCUGCUGCCACUGAAGCCACUCCAAUUGCUGGCCGCUUCACUCCUGGAACCUUCACUAACCAGAUCCAGGCAGCCUUCCGGGAGCCACGGCUUCUUGUGGUUACUGACCCCAGGGCUGACCACCAGCUUCUCACGGAGGCAUCUUAUGUUAACCUACCUACCAUUGCUCUGUGUAACACAGAUUCUCCUCUGCGCUAUGUGGACAUUGCCAUCCCAUGCAACAACAAGGGAGCUCACUCAGUGGGUUUGAUGUGGUGGAUGCCAGCUCGGGAAGUUCUGCGCAUGCGUGGCACCAUUUCCCGUGAACACCCAUGGGAGGUCAUGCCUGAUCCGUACUUCUACAGAGAUCCUGAAGAGAUUGAAAAAGAAGAGCAGGCUGCUGCUGAAAAGGCAGUGACCAAGGAGGAAUUUCAGGGUGAAUUGACUUCUCCAGCUCCUGAGUUCACUGCUACUCAGCCUGAGGUUGCAGACUGGUCUGAAGGUGUGCAGGUGCCCUCUGUGCCUAUUCAGCAGUUCCCUACUGAAGACUGGAGUGCUCAGCCUGCCACGGAAGACUGGUCUGCAGCUCCCACUGCUCAGGCCACUGAAUGGGUAGGAGCAACCACUGAAUGGUCUUAAGCUGUUCUUGCACGGGCUCUUAAGCAACAUGGAAAAA